AUGGAGGGUCUUUUCUUCAAUGUCAACAAUGGCUACAUUGAGGGCAUUGUUAGAGGCUAUCGUAACGGGCUCCUGACUGGCCAGAAUUACAGUAACUUGACGCAGUGCGAGACCAUCGAUGAUUUGAAGCUCCAACUUGGACCUGCCUACGGCGAUUUUCUCGCAUCACUUCCGCCUAGUCCUUCUACAUCUACACUCGCAGCCAGGACUACUGAUAAACUCAUCUCAGAGUUUCGAUAUGUACGGGCGAAUGCCGUUGGUUCAUUGGCGAAGUUCAUGGACUACCUGACCUACGGAUACAUGAUCGAUAACGUGGCAUUGCUCAUCACCGGAACACUUCACGAGCGAGACACCCGCGAGCUGUUGGAGAGGUGCCAUCCUCUGGGUUGGUUCGAGACUAUGCCAGUACUUUGUGUCGCUACGAAUAUCGAAGAACUGUACAACAGCGUGCUGAUCGAGACGCCGCUGGCACCAUACUUCAAGGGAAGCUUGAGUCAUCAGGAUUUGGACGAACUGAACAUUGAGAUUGUCCGGAACACCCUGUACAAGAAUUAUCUCGAGGAUUUUCACAGCUUUGUCAACACAGAUUCAGAGAUGGCAGGCACUCCGACAGCGGAAGUAAUGACGGAGAUUCUGGAAUUCGAGGCAGAUCGACGAGCUAUCAAUAUCACACUGAAUUCAUUCGGUACGGAGCUAUCGAAGGCUGAUCGAAAGAAGCUCUACCCUAAUUUCGGUCGCUUGUACCCCGAAGGAUCCUACAUGUUAUCAAGAGCAGAUGAUAUCGAAGGUGUGAGAUUAGCUGUGGAUGGCAUCAGUGACUACAAGAGCUAUUUUGAAGCCACCGGUAUGGGCCAGAGCAGCAGUGGAGCAGGAAACAUGAGCGGUGGUGCCGGGUCAGAUGGCAAGAGUCUGGAAGACAUGUUCUACCAGAAGGAGAUGGAGAUCUCCAAGAAUGCUUUCACAAGACAAUUCACAUUUGCUAUUGUCUAUGCUUGGGUGAAGCUGCGGGAACAGGAAAUCAGAAACAUCACAUGGAUCGCUGAGUGUAUAGCUCAGAACCAGAAGGAGAGGAUUGGCAAUUACAUUAGUGUAUUCUAG